CUUAUAAGCUCCCUUCAAAUACUGGAAGGUCAUCUACAUAAUGAUACAAUGAAAAAUAAUAAGAGGAAAAUCUGCAUAGCAGCAUGAAUCCAAAAGAACUAGGCAGCUUCUCUGCUGCAAGCCCACUCAGCGCUACGGGGAGACAAACCGAGACCGCGGGGCCGGGCUGCAGGCCAGGGUGGGCGCGGCCGCUGGCCCCGCCAUUGACGCACCUGCGGCGGCCGCAGAGCCGGGUCGGUACGGCGCGGAGCGGCGGGGCCAUGGGCACUACGGCGGGGCAGCAGCUCCGAGCUCUCUUCUACGUGCUGCCGCCCGGCGAGAGCUCCUUCCGCACGCUGGAGGAGGUGCCCGACUACGUUCAGAAGAGUAUUCCAUUCUUCAUUGCUUUUAUUGUGUUGGAGUUUGCUGUCAGCUGGGUUCAGAAGCAUAAACUGCCAGGUCGAAUCAACGAUGGCAUAAGUUCUCUUUCAUUGGGUAUCCUGUCUCGACUUCCAGAUGUUUUAUUCAGAAGUGUUGACAUAGUUAGUUACAUCUAUGUAUGGAAUAACUACAGACUCUUUGAACUGCCCUGGGACUCACCAUGGACGUGGUAUUUGACGUUUAUGGGAGUGGACUUUGCAUACUACUGGUUUCACCGCAUCAGUCAUGAGGUUAAUAUACUGUGGGCAGCGCACCAGGUACAUCAUAGUUCUGAAGAUUACAACUUGUUCACAGCCCUGAGACAAUCCUUUCUGCAGAGAUACACCUCCUGGAUGUUCAACUUACCCAUGGCUCUUUUCAUUCCACCGUCAGUGUUUGCUGUUCAUCUGCAAUUUAAUCUACUUUACCAGUUUUGGAUACAUACAGAGGUUGUCACUAACAUUGGUCCAUUGGAGUGGAUUCUUAAUACUCCUAGUCAUCAUAGAGUUCAUCAUGGUAGAAAUCCUUACUGCAUUGACAAAAAUUAUGGUGGCACACUCAUUAUCUGGGACAGGAUAUUUGGAACAUUUGAGGCAGAAGAUGCUAAAGUUGUAUAUGGCUUAACACAUCCAGUAAAUUCAUUUGAACCCAUCCUGCUCCAGUUACGUCCCCUGGCUCAUAUUUGGAAUACGUUUUGGGCCACACCUGGAUUCUGCAAUAAGCUUUCUGUCAUAUUCAAAGGGCCAGGCUGGGGACCAGGCAAACCUAGACUUGGCCUUCCUGAGGAAAUCCCAGCGGUCACUGGAAAAGAAGUUCCCUUCAGUCCAUGUGUACCAGCUUAUCUUAACUGCUAUGCAGUGGUACAUUUUGCUAUAAUAAUGGAGUUGUAUAUUGAUCUUCUUGCUACUGUGACUAUGUUAUCGCAGGAAACUAUUUUACUGAGAAUUGGCAUUAUCAUUCUAUCUCUGACCUCUUUUGGAUUUCUUAUGGAGAACAGGCAAGAUAUAAAACCCCAAGCAGGAAUUUUGGAAAUCAUCCGCUGCUCAAUCUUCUUAGGAGUAUACAAACUUGGCUAUUUAAGAAAUCAGCUUUCUUUGUUGGACUACACGUAUGAAAUCUUGUUUUCCCUCUGCAUUGCAUUCUGGGGAAUUCAAAUUAUGAAGCGGAUCACUUCAUCUAAAGAUAAACAUCUCUGAAAGAACAGAUCUGACGCCACUUUAAUUAUGGAAACAGCACUUCGGAAUAAACUCCUAAGUUCCUUGGAAUUAAUCAGCUAUGACUCUUACUGAAUCAUAGUCAUUUUACAUAUCAUAGGAAGGGUUUGAUUUCAUAUGGAGGUUUGAAAGAUUCAUUGGGCAGCGAAUUUAUUUUUAUUUGAUUUUAAAAAUAUUUGAUUUGCCUCUCUAUUUAAAUAAAAUGUUCAUCCAUAACGUAUAUUUUUUUGCAUUCAAGGUAUCACAAUGUCUUAGAAGCCAUGUAAAAUUAAUUGCAUUUUGCAGUACUUUUAUUAGUAGUUUUAUUAGUAGUUAACCAUAUGUGAAAAGUAUUUUCAGAAUAGGAAUAAUUAAAAACAUAUUUGUAGCAAUCUGGUAUAAAGCAACCGGCUGAUAUAUGAAUAUCAGUUUUUUCCAUAAUGAUCUUGUGCAUUUUGGUGUUCCUAGCAUACAGCUUCAUGAAGAUGAAUAGCUGAGGCAAGAAAAUUAUUAAAAACAGCAUGAUAAAAUGUCUCAAACUAGUAUGAGUGGAAAUAUCUUCAGAAAGGUUGACGGAUAUAUGCAUUUUAUAAUACAGGCUUUCAGUUUAGACUGAAUUAUUUAAGGAGUACACCUGCAGUUGCCAACCUUAGAUACUGAUCAAGCCAGCACUUGCACACAAGUAUCCCAUUGACUAAUGUUACUCACAUGACAAAAUAUUUGCAAGGCUGGGCCCUUAAUUCCUCGUAAUUUCCUGCUGAGGUGAUCUCAGGGGAGAUGCACAUCUUUCAGGAGCUGCUGGAAAGAUGGUUUCUACUAAGAUAGGAAAAUUAAAUACAAAUGGUAAAGGGAGUCUUCAAACAGCAGGACUGGCAAAAAUACUGGAGCUAGGUUGUUUUUCUUUCCUCACGCUCUUCCAACUUCUUUUGGCUCCAAAACUUUUAGUAGUACUUAAAGUCAAGUAGCUAAAAAAUGCAAGCUGUCUUGCAUGCUUCAAGCUAGCAAUAAUACUUGGAUUAAAAAUGGUGUUGUUUUCUUUUUUUUUUUCAUUCUGUUUUCCUUUAGGAUAUUAAUGGCAUGCUAACAGAAUUCUCAUAUGAAACCAGCCUAUUUUUAAUUAACGCAUUUUUUCAGUCUUUAGCCAUAAAAGAUGCCACAGACUACGUAAUUGGAUGAUUCCAAUAAAUCAUCAGUCAGACGGUGAAGUUAUAUAAAUGAAAUUGAGACAGUGUCUUGUGGAAGUAUCAGCAUAAUUUUAUAUAAAUUUACAUAAAUUCUUACUUUGAACAACAAGUUUUAAGUUGCUCUGUAUUUAGAUCAAGUGACUUUUGCCCAUCACUUUAGAACCUCAAAUACUUAAUUGAGAAAGUAGGUGUUUGUUCAGUUAGACGUACUAACAUCUGGGCUGCAAAGUAAGGAUGAUACCUUCCUAAAUUUAAGGCAUGCUUAAAUAAAAGAUUUACUUGUGGAUCUUCUUCACUGUAAAUAAUGAGAAGAUUAAAAAAGAAUGGUCCAUGAAAUCAGUAGAGGAAAUUGUAUUUAAAAUACUUGUUUAAAAGUUUAAUUUGAAUGUGUACUCAUAAGCUGGUAUAAGUAAAUAUCUGUUUAAGAAAUGGGUAAGUACAAUUGUAUACCUCUGAGUACAAUCUCAUGAUUAACAUACUUGUGCAGAAGCCAGUUUCACUGUUUCUGACCAAAACUUACCAUCUCUUUGCCUGAAUUUCCCCAUCUGUGGAAUCGCAGUUAUGGCAAUACUGGUUGUGUCUCUUGCCAUAAUUAAAGUACAAAAUUUGGAUCAUUUCAAUACAAAACUAUUACUGGAUAUUUUAGAAAAUGGCAGAAUCUGAUUCCAGAAUUACAACACAAUCUACUAACUUUUAAAUUUACUACCUAAGUUAGUGCACCUGUACUUUCAAAAUUUGUAACACUGACAUCAACAUUACCUCAAAAAUGUUGAGGUCAAUUUAGUGACUGAGUACUAUAAUAAAGAGUCAUAUUGAAAGUCAGUUUCCUUUCCAAGACAAGAACAGGAUAAUGGGAUAGUAUCUUCUAGUUUUCUCUUGGUCAGCUGAGGUAAAACUCUAUGUAUCUCUUUCUGCAAUGGACUUUCAACUCUCUGUCUUACCAAUUAUAUUCAAGACACUGAAAAUCUGCAUUUAAAAAUCCAGUCUGUGAAGGAUAAUAAUGAAGAUCUGAAUUAAAUUUUAAAGAUAUAAUUAAUGCCAUUAACUUACAUGAAGAAAUGAAAGGAAUGUGAUUUCAAAAGUAAAUUCAAAAGUAAAUUCAGAUUGAGAUAUAAAUAUCUCAUUCCUAUCAGUGUUCAGAGAUAUUUGGACAAAGCCCUCAUUAGUAUGCUUUAAUUCAGCCCUGAAGAGGUCACGCAGUUGGACUAGAUGAUCUUUGAAAGUCGGUUCCUAGACCUCGAAUAGAGCCAUUAUUCAAUAUAAAUCACCAGUUUGUUAUUCUAUCACUUGCCUACAAAUAAAUGAAAAAAAUACAGAUAAAUGACAAAUACAACAGGCACAGUAGUUUAAGUAAUAUAUUAUUCGAGAGAGAACAGUUGUACCUGUAUGGGAUCCAUUCUAAUAAAUAAAAUAUGCAAAAUACAGGCAUGAGGUAUAAUCUAACCAUAUAAUUUCUAAAGCCUACUUAGAGAGACUGAACUCUACAGAAGCCUUACUUUCCUACCUUUAAAGUCUCUCACUUCUCAGCUUGAUGGGAAUUUGGAAAUGAAACAUUCCUCUGUUUGCCACCCCAAUUUGGCCAAAUUUUCUUGGGGGACCUACCGCUGGGAAUAUCUUACAUGUCUAACAGGGCUGUGUCCCUUUUAAAAACUUGUAACCUAGUCAUUAAAACAGAGGCCAAUUUAUUUUCUCUUUCCAAGGAAUUUUAAACCUCAGUUUCCUACUUCCAAGAGCUGCUGCCAUUAUGUAUUUUAUCAGAAUAAUGGUGCAGGAGAGGAGCAACUUGAGAGAAUGGUUCCUCUGGCUGAAGUCUCAAAGAAGUUCAUUGUUUUGGAUAUUCAAGACUCCUGUAUUUUAUAGUAAAGUCUGCUCUGUAUGUAUAAGCAAUUCUUUGGUUACAGAAUGGAAGUGAAAGUUUGCCUUUCCCAGAAAAGAGAGCUUCAUGGACAGGCUUGUAGAAACACC